AAUUGACACUGAUAAAAAAAAAAAAAACAAUUAACAAUCAGCAAUGUCUGCUUCUCUUGUGUAUGCCAGUUUGGAUCUUGUUGAUGCUGACAACAACUUAAACAAAGAUAAGAAAAAAAAAAGCUGUAAAUCAAGAGGUGCCCUUGAUUUGAUACCACUCAAUCAUAGAUUAACAAAUAAUAAAAAAGGAAAAAAAUCAAUCAUUCAACGAUCAAGUAAAAUAAAUGUCCACGAGGCAAAAAAACAAAUUCAACAAUAUAAAGAUCCAACAAAUGAUAAUGUACAAAGAUUAUUAUUGUUGAGUAGCAGUAAAAUUAAUCCAGACGUAUCUGACAAGAUUAUUGAACGUGCUUUGAAAAGACGUAUUAUAAAAAAAGAAGUUAAAAAAGUUGAAGAAGAAGUUAAAACCGUAUUUACUGAAGAAGAUUUCCAAAAUUUCGAGGCAGAAUACGUAUUUUAAAAUUGAAAUGUUUAAUAGUGAUCGUGAAAAAGGAAAAAUUAUAUUAAUUAUAACGUCAAUUGUAUUUAUUUAUUACACAAUUUGGGUUAUUGGUUUGCCAUUUAUUGAUGAUAAUCGUUUACAA